AUGCAACCCCAGAAAACCCUACCGGAAUCCGACUUACCGUCGCUCGCCGCCAUCAAAGUCAAGUCAUCAUCCCCUCGUUUCCGUCCUACCAAUCCUUCUGCCACCGAAACCCCCACUGCCGGGGCACAACGCAGGAUAGGUAUCGCUGUCGAUCUUAGCGACGAGAGUGCCUUUGCUGUAAAGUGGGCCGUCCACCAGUAUCUCCGCCCCGGUGACGCCGUCAUCCUGAUCCAUGUCCGUCCUACUUCCGUCCUUUACGGCGCUGAUUGGGGCUCCGUUGAUCUCUCCAUUGUCGACACUGACAAUGAGGAAUCACAGCAGAAGCUCGAAGAUGAUUUCGAUACUUUUACCACUACGAAAUCCGCUGCCCUAGCGCAACCUCUGGUCGACGCGCACAUACCGUAUAAGAUCCAUAUCGUGAAAGAUCAUGACAUGAAGGAGAGGCUUUGUUUGGAAGUUGAACGCCUAGGGUUAAGUGCGGUUAUCAUGGGAAGCCGAGGUUUCGGUGCAACAAAACGCGGAAGCGAUGGGAGGCUCGGGAGUGUUAGCGAUUACUGUGUCCGUCACUGUGUGUGCCCGGUGGUGGUUGUGAGAUAUCCCGAUGAGAAAGAUCCCGCUGCUGCUGUUGAGCCGGUGGUUUCGGUGGCAACAGCCGAUGAUGAAGAAGAUGACCCUGAAUUCCAUGAUGCUACCGAUGAACGAAAAUGUUAG